UGUGGCUUCCCCCUGCGGUGCUGAACUCGCCCGUGUAGCCGUGAUUUUACGGCUGCCGACAGCUCCAAGCUGGGCUCGCGUCCCGCCCACCCCGCGGGGAUUGGCUGCGAACGCGGAAGAACCGAACCCACGCCCCGCGCCCGCGCUUGCCAAUGAAAGCGCCCGCUCGGCCUGAUGGACGCGCUGCCUUCCGCCAAUGGGGACGAAGGGAAGCCCGAGCGUGUGGCCCCGGCGAGUGCGGAUAAAAGCCGCCCCGCCGGGCUGGGGCUUCAUUCUGAGCCGAGCCCAGUGCCAAGCGCAGCUAGCUCAGCAGGCGGCGGCGGCGGCCUGAGCUUCAGGGCAGCCAGCUCCCUCCCGGUCUCGCCUUCCCUCGCGGUCAGCAUGAAAGCCUUCAGUCCCGUGAGGUCCGUUAGGAAAAACAGCCUGUCGGACCACAGCCUGGGCAUCUCCCGGAGCAAAACCCCGGUGGACGACCCGAUGAGCCUGCUGUACAACAUGAACGACUGCUACUCCAAGCUCAAGGAGCUGGUGCCCAGCAUCCCCCAGAACAAGAAGGUGAGCAAGAUGGAAAUCCUGCAGCACGUCAUCGACUACAUCUUGGACCUGCAGAUCGCCCUGGACUCGCAUCCCACUAUUGUCAGCCUCCAUCACCAGAGACCCGGGCAGAACCAGGCGUCCAGGACGCCGCUGACCACCCUCAACACGGACAUCAGCAUCCUGUCCUUGCAGGCUUCUGAAUUCCCUUCUGAGUUAAUGUCAAAUGACAGCAAAGCACUGUGUGGCUGAAUAAGCGGUGUUCAUGACUUCUUUUUUUCUUUGCACAACAACAACAACAACAAAUCCACAGAAUCUUUUAAGUGCGGAACUUACUUUUCAACCAUUUCACAAGGAGGACAAGUUGAAUGGACCUUUUUGAAAAGAAAAAAAAAAUGGAAGGAAAACUAAGAAUGAUCAUCUUCCCAGGGUGUUCUCUCACCUGGACUGAGAUAUUCGUUAUUUAUGAAAAAGACUUUUAAAUGCCCUUUCUGCAGUUGGAAGGUUUUCUUUAUAUACUAUUCCCACCAUGGGGAGCGAAAACAUUAAAAUCACAAGGAAUUGCCCAAUCUAAGCAGACUUUGCCUUUUUUCAAAGGUGGAGCGUGAAUACCAGAAGGAUCCAGUAUUCAGUCACUUAAAUGAAGUCUUUUGGUCAGAAAUUACCUUUUUGACACAAGCCUACUGAAUGCUGUGUAUAUAUUUAUAUAUAAAUAUAUCUAUUGAGUGAAACCUUGUGAACUCUUUAAUUAGAGUUUUCUUGUAUAGUGGCAGAGAUGUCUAUUUCUGCUUUAAAAAGUGUAAUGAUGUACUUAUUCAUGCUAAACUUUUUAUAAAAGUUUAGUUGUAAACUUAACCCUUUUAUACAAAAUAAAUCAAGUGUGUUUAUUGAAUGGUGAUUGCCUGCUUUAUUUCAGAGGACCAGUGCUUUGAUUUUUAUUAUGCUAUGUUACAACUGAACCCAAAUAAAUACAAGUUCAAAUUUAUGUAGACUGUAUAAGAUUAUAAUAAAACAUGUCUGAAGUCA